AUGGUCUUUGCUGUUGAUGAGAUCAACAGAAACUCCAACCUGCUACCAAAUAUAACUCUGGGAUACAGUCUGUAUGACAACUGUGGUGCACUUUUUAUCGGAUUUCGUGCUGCUUUGGUGCUGGCCAGUGGUCAAGAGGAGCAGUUUCUGCUUCAGGAGAACUGUUUAGGGACCCCUCCAGUUGUGGGGAUUGUGGGUGAUUCCUACUCAACAUUUUCUAUUGCCACCUCCAAUGUGUUAGGCUUAUUCAGAUUGCCUAUGGUGAGUCAUUUUGCCACAUGUUCCUGCCUGAGUGAUCGGCAACGGUUUCCAUCCUUCUUUAGAACAAUUCCAAGUGAUGCUUUUCAGGUGCGUGCUAUGAUUCAGAUUCUAAAACGCUUUGGCUGGACUUGGGUAGGUCUGCUGAUCAGUGAUGACGAUUAUGGAGUACAUGUUGCCCGAUCCUUCCAGUCUGACUUGACUAAUUCAGGUGGAGGUUGUCUCGCCUACACGGAGAUUUUGCCUUGGGGCAAUGACCCAGCUGAACUUAGGAGAAUUGUGGAUGUGAUGAAGAAAUCAACAGCUCGUGUGGUCAUGGUGUUUGCACAUGAAAUCCACAUGUAUAAACUAGUGGAGGAGGUGGUGAGGCAGAAUGUGACAGGCCUGCAGUGGCUGGCCAGUGAAGCCUGGACAUCAGUUGAUGUGCUCCAGACGCCUGACUUCAUGCCGUACCUGGGUGGAACACUGGGCAUUGCCAUCCGUCGGGGAGAAAUAGCAGGAUACAAGGACUUCCUCUUAAGAAUACACCCCGACCAACACCACAACAACUAUGGAAAUAGCAUUGUAAAUCAGUUUUGGGAAGAUAUAUUUCAGUGUAGAUUUUCUCCACCUCCAGUAGAUUGGGUGGAAGCUGGAGGAGCAUUAUGCACUGGACAGGAAGAUCUACAUAAAGUGGAUAGUGAGCUGUUUGAUGUUUCUAAUCUCAGGCCGGAGUACAACAUUUACAAGGCUGUGUAUGCUCUGGCGUACGCCCUUGAUGACAUGCUGCACUGUGAGCCAGGGCGAGGGCCUUUCAGUGGCCACAGCUGUACGAGUUUACAAAGACUGGAGCUAUGGCAGCUGGUGUAUUAUUUGGAUAGAGUAAACUUCACCACACCAGUUGGGGAUCAAGUGUCAUUUGAUGCAAAUGGCGAUGCCUUGCCAAUAUAUGACGUCAUGAACUGGCUGUGGCUCCCAGAUGGCACAGCAAAGAUUCAGAAUGUGGGUGAAGUUAAAGAGUUGCCCAAAGGUGAAGAACUCACACUUCAUGAGGACAGAAUUUUCUGGAACUUUGAAUCUAAACAGCCACCCAGGUCAAUUUGCAGUGAGAGCUGCCCACCAGGUACUCGGAUGGCCAGAAAGAAGGGGCAACCUGUGUGCUGUUUUGACUGCAUCCCAUGUUCUGAGGGAAAGAUCAGCAAUGAAACAGACUCCAUGGAGUGCACAAGUUGUCCAGUGGAUUUCUGGUCCAACCCCCAGCGUGACUACUGUGUCCCCAAGAAAACAGAGUUCCUCUCCUACCAUGAGCCUCUGGGAAUCUGCUUGACAGCCACCUCAUUGCUGGGCACAUUUAUCUGUGCUGUCAUCCUGGGCAUCUUCAUCUAUCAUCGCAGCACACCCAUGGUGCGUGCCAACAAUUCGGAACUCAGUUUCCUGCUGUUGGUGUCACUUAAACUAUGUUUCCUGUGCUCACUGCUGUUCAUUGGACGACCCAGACUGUGGACAUGUCAGCUGAGACAUGCAGCGUUUGGGAUCAGCUUUGUGCUUUGUGUCUCAUGCAUCCUGGUGAAAACCAUGGUGGUUCUGGCUGUGUUCAAGGCCUCUAAGCCAGGAGGUGGAGCCAGUCUGAAGUGGUUUGGUGCUGUGCAGCAGAGAGGGACAGUUCUGGUUCUUACUUCUAUUCAGGCAGCAAUCUGUACUGCCUGGCUUGUCUCUGCCUCACCAGUGCCUAACAAAAACACUCAAUACCACAAUGACAAGAUAGUUUAUGAGUGUGUAGUUGGGUCCACAAUUGGUUUUGCAGUGUUACUGGGCUACAUUGGCUUCCUGGCUAUCCUCAGCUUCCUGUUAGCUUUCCUGGCAAGGAAUCUUCCAGACAACUUCAAUGAGGCCAAAUUCAUCACUUUCAGCAUGCUGAUCUUCUGUGCUGUGUGGGUGGCCUUUAUCCCUGCUUAUGUCAAUUCCCCAGGCAAAUAUGCAGAUGCAGUGGAGGUAUUUGCCAUCCUGGCCUCCAGUUUUGGCCUCUUGGUGGCGCUGUUUGGACCCAAAUGUUACAUAAUUUUGUUGAGACCAGAGAGGAACACAAAGAAAGCAAUCAUGGGCCGAGCCACCCCAAAGACAUUGAUGGGGGCAAAUCUAAACACAUUUUCUUUAUUGUAUGUUUACUUGAUGUUGCUUUUGUUCUCUUCUACCUUUUUCACAUCUGAGUCCUCCUCUCUUUUCUCAACUUGUAAAUUAAGGAGACAAUUUUAUCUGAAUGGGAUGCACAAGCCUGGUGAUGUGAUUCUGGGUGGGUUGUUUGAAGUGCACUACACCUCUGUCUUCCCUGAGCUGACAUUCACCUCUGAGCCAAAUCAGCUCAGCUGCCGAGGCUUUGACCCUCCAGGGUUCAGACAUGCCAUGACCAUGGCCUUUGCUAUUGAUGAGAUCAACAAAAACUCCAACCUGCUACCUAAUGUGACUCUGGGAUACAGUCUCUAUGAUAACUGUGCCACACUUGUAAUUGGAUUCAGUGCUGCAUUAUCAUUGGCCAGUGGUCGAGAGGAGCAGUUUCUGUUUCAGGAGACCUGUUUGGGGACCCCUCCAAUCUUGGGGAUCGUGGGUGAUUCCUUCUCAACGUUUUCUAUUGCCACCUCUGAUGUGAUAGGUUUAUUCAGAUUGCCCAUUGUGAGUUAUUUUGCCACGUGUUCCUGCCUGAGUGAUCGCCAAAGGUUUCCAUCCUUCUUUAGAACAAUACCAAGUGAUGCUUUUCAGGUGCGUGCUAUGAUUCAGAUUCUAAAACGCUUUGGCUGGACAUGGGCAGGUCUGCUGGUCAGUGAUGAUGAUUAUGGACUCCACGUUUCUCGAUCCUUUCAAUCUGACUUGGCUCAGUCUGGUGGAGGUUGUCUGGCCUACACAGAGAUUUUGCCUUGGGGUGACAACCCAGCUGAACUUAGGAGAAUUGUGAAUGUGAUGAAGAAGUCCACAGCUCGUGUGGUCAUUGUGUUUGCACAUCAGAUACAUAUGAUCCAACUGAUGGAAGAGGUGGUGAGGCAGAAUGUGACAGGCCUGCAGUGGAUGGCCAGUGAAGCCUGGACAGCAGCUGCUGUGCUACAGACCCCCCACCUCAUGCCGUACCUGGGUGGAACACUGGGCAUUGCCAUCCGUCGAGGAGAAAUACCAGGACUCAGGGAUUUUCUGUCAGGAAUACGUCCUGACUUCCAUGACAACAAUAACAAUGGAAAUAGCUUGUUUUGGGAAUACACAUUUCAGUGUAGAUUUGCUCCAGCUCCAGCAGGCUGGAUAGAAGCUGGAGGAGCAUUAUGUACUGGAGAUGAAGACUUAGAGAAUGUGGAGACUGAGUUUUUGGAUGUUUCUAAUCUCAGGCCGGAGUACAAUAUUUACAAGGCUGUGUAUGCUCUGGCGUACGCCCUUGAUGACAUGCUGCUGUGUGAGCCAGGGAGAGGGCCUUUCAGCGGCCACAGCUGUGCCACUUUGAAAACACUGGAGCCAUGGCAGCUUAUGUAUUACUUGGAAAAGGUCAACUUCACCACACCAUUUGGUGAUCAAGUGUCAUUUGAUGGGAACGGCGAUGCCUUACCGAUAUAUGAUAUCAUGAACUGGCUGUGGCUCCCUGAUGGACGAACAAAGGUUCAGAAUGUCGGGGUCGUUAAGAAGUCUCCCUUCAAAGGUGAAGAACUCACACUUCAUGAAGACAAAAUCUUCUGGAACUUUGACUCUAAACAGCCCCCCCGGUCAGCAUGCAGUGAGAGCUGUCCUCCUGGCACCCGAAUGGCCAGAAAGAAGGGGGAGCCUGUUUGCUGUUUUGACUGUGUCCCUUGUUCUGAGGGAAUGUUCAGCAAUGAAACAGACUCCAUGGAGUGCAUCAGUUGCCCAGAGGAUUUCUGGUCCAGCCCCCAGCGUGACCACUGUGUUCCCAAGAAAACAGAGUUCCUCUCCUACCAUGAGCCUCUGGGUAUCUGCUUGACAGUCACCUCAUUGCUGGGCACAUUUAUCUGUGCUGUUGUCCUGGGCAUCUUCAUCUAUCAUCGCAGCACACCCAUGGUGCGUGCCAACAAUUCAGAACUCAGUUUCCUGCUCUUGGUGUCACUUAAACUAUGUUUCCUUUGUUCACUGCUGUUUAUCGGUCGCCCCAGACUGUGGACAUGCCAGCUGAGACAUGCAGCAUUUGGGAUCAGCUUUGUGCUUUGUGUCUCAUGCAUCCUGGUGAAAACCAUGGUGGUUCUGGCUGUGUUCAAGGCCUCUAAGCCAGGAGGUGGAGCCAGUCUGAAGUGGUUUGGUGCUGUGCAGCAGAGAGGGACAGUUCUGGUUCUUACUUCUGUUCAAGCAGCAAUCUGCAUUGCCUGGCUUGUCUCUUCCUCACCAGCUCCUCAUAAAAACACCCAAUACCACAAUGACAAGAUAGUUUAUGAGUGUGUCAUCGGGUCCACGAUCGGUUUUGCAGUGUUACUUGGUUAUAUUGGCUUACUGGCGGUCCUCAGCUUCCUGUUAGCUUUUCUGGCAAGGAAUCUUCCAGACAACUUCAAUGAGGCCAAACUCAUCACUUUCAGCAUGCUGAUCUUCUGUGCUGUGUGGGUGGCCUUUGUCCCUGCUUAUAUCAGCUCACCAGGCAAAUAUGCAGAUGCAGUGGAGGUAUUUGCCAUCCUGGCCUCUAGUUUUGGCCUCUUGGAGGCGCUGUUUGGACCCAAAUGUUACAUAAUCCUCCUGAGACCAGAGAGAAACACAAAGAAAGCUAUUAUGGGUCGAGGAACCAGUAAAACAUAA